UUUUCAACAGUCCUGUAAAGGUACAUCUGCAUAUAUACUAUACACCAGAUGUAGCAGUGUUUUACUGUGCGCAACUUCAAAACGCUAAUUUACCUCAAAAUACAAUAACGUCGGGCUUCUAGUACGAUAGUGAAAAAAAAAAAUGCCACGUUGCCACUCUGUCUUGAACGCAACACUCAGACCUCAGAGCCAGCAUUCCUGUGCAAGUACAAAUGCAAAAGUAAAGCUCCAACAAUGGCAGAGCCACCACUUUUCAUUAUGGACAAUCAGAUUGCUCGUGUGUUACAAUACCGAGAUCUGAUCCCUCGUCUGGAGGAAGCUUUGGCCAAAUUUUCCACAAGAGAUCCUGCGGAAGUAAUCCAGCCUGUGAGGACCACUCUGCCUCUGCAAAAAUUUAACGGUAACCUGGGAUUGAUGCCUUCUUACAUGGAAAACGAUGGAGUCCUGUGCACAAAGUUUGUGUGUUUCUACAACCGGGAGAAAGGCUCCGAAUUACCAACAGUUCAGGCCACAGUGGUGCUGUUGGACCCUGAGAUUGGAAGCGUGAAAGCUGUGAUGGAAGGAAAUGUCAUCACAUGCAUGCGAACGGCUGCUGUGUCCGCCAUCUCUGCAAAGUUGCUGAUGUCUCCCCAAGCGGAGGUGAUGGCCAUCUUGGGAACCGGCCAACAGGCCCUGAGUCAUUAUAAUGUGUUCACUGAGAUGUUUUCAUUCAAAGAGGUGCGAGUGUGGGGCCACAGGAAACAAGGGAUGGAGAAGUUUCGAAAGUCCGUCACCGGACCUGUGAGCGUCUGCGACUCAGCAGAGAAGGCAGUGAAAGGAGCAGACGUCAUUGUGACGGUAACCACAAGUUCAGAGCCGGUGCUCUUUGGACGCUGGGUCAAACAAGGAGCCCAUGUGGCAGCAGUGGGAGCUUGCCAACCAAACUGGAGGGAGCUGGAUGACGUGCUGAUGGCGGAGGCGGUGGUCUAUGUUGACAGCAGGGAGGGAGCCGUGACCGAGUCUGGUGACAUCCUCCUUUCUGGGGCAGAGGUGUUUGCAGAGCUUGGGGAAAUCAUCAAUGGAAGAAAACCUGCGCUCAGAGAAAAGACGACUGUGUUUAAAUCUCUGGGAAUGGGUCUUCAAGAUGCAGUGAGUGCCAAGUUAGUGUUUGACCAAUGGAAAGCCAGUCAAGUAGUUUGAAGUCAUCCCUGUUUAAAGAUCAUUCAUUGCAUGGCUAACAAAUUACUCAAACAAUCAUAAUGUGAUUGCAUUUUUGAUGUCUUUAUUUACUUAUAAAACAUGUCAAAUCAUACUGUAUUAAAGCAUGUGUGCACAAGUGAGCGGAACUGAAAACACUGUUAAAAUGAGCCCAGAUUUGAUCAUUGCUGAAUUAAAAAUAAAACCGUUACAGCUGAAGAUCACACUGUACGACACUCACUGGCUCAGAAUGAAACAGCAAUAUGUGGGAUCUGAAUGUCAUGACAGGACUAAAAAUUCAAAGUGAAAUGUUAACCACAAGAAAGCAAUAAAGUAAAACAAAACAAAAGCAGAGCA